AUGUAUGGAUUGUGGUCACUGCUGCUUUCAUCUUUCUUUUUCCUUGUCUCCUUUAAUAUUUCUUCAGGUGAAAUGAACAUUCCUUUAUGUUUUCUUCCCACAGUCAGCGGAUCAUCCAAAUUUGGGGGAUUCAAAUCAUCGUGUCCAAUUCCCUUUGUUUCUUUCUUUUUAAACAGAAAUUUGUUACUGGUAGUCUCACCAUUCAUUGGACUGAAUGUGAAACUAGACGUCUCCUCCCUCUUUGACACUGUUAUUGAACCAUCCUUGUUCUUUUUUACGUUGUAUUUUCUACCAAUGUAUUCAAGAAACUCGUCUUCCAUUUCAACGGUGAAAAAUAUUCAGGUUUGCUUAAUUUAA